AUGAUUUUAUCUGAAAGGAAUAAACCAAACAUCCUGCUCCAAAGAAAAUACAAACCCAUUUCUUUGUCUCAAGUUUUGAAAAAACCUCUUAUUGUUAAGUCUUUACCACCUAUUUAUGCUUCACCCUCACAAAGAUCAUCAUUGAAAAAACCCCAAAAACCAGAAAAUUGUUUAUCAUAAAGGCCAUCCCAACCUUAGAUUUUCAAUAAAUUUGAAGGCCUAGGAGCUAUUGGACUAUCGUUCAAUCCCAUAGAAAAAGAACCUCUUCAAUAAUAAUACGCUUUAAUGAGUAGCAAAAAACUAGCCAUAUAAGUCUCGAAAAAAUAUACUACGCACAGAAAAAUAAACAUACAACCAUCGCAAAACUAAUCACAAAAAUUUUAUACAGAAGCUUAAUUAGACAAAGUUAACAAGUGGUCACAAACAACAUUUGAUGAAGACCAAUUAUUGGAAUAUUUAAAUACUUGA